AUGUCUGCCACAGCUUCCACCAAGAUCACGCCCGUCGACGGACCACUUGAGACUAUUACCCCGCAUCUCAUGCCGUUCCAUAUCGCGCAUACGGGACCCGCGCCGAUCUCCACCUACUUUCGCGUCACGCCCCUCGCCCCACCCACAUACGGCCGCGACGCAACCUCGACCCCUCCCGACGCGAGCGACUUACAGCAAACAGCCGCAGUCACGGACGCGGACUCGCAAACCACCCUCGCCGCCUCGUCCUCGUCCUCGCUCGCGCCUGGCUCGGACUCCACUCUCGCCGCGACGCCAGCGGACGAGGACGUCUCCAUGCGCGAAAGCGGGGGCGCGUCGCAUGACCCCACCGACCCGUCGGUCUCCUCCCCGCGGCACUUUGGCGCGGCGUUCCGCGGGCGCGGGAUGCACGGCACGGUCGUCGACCUCCCCGACGGAUACGCGGGCCUCGUCCUGCGCGUCGUGGGCGACACAGGCGCGACGAACGUGAAGAGCAGGGCGGCCGCGGAUUCGACGACUGGGAAGAGGGCCGCCACUCGGUCGGCGUCGAAAGGCAAGGAGAAGAGCAAGGGGGAGAAGGCCCCGGUGAAGGCGAAGGGGCGCGCGGCACGAAAGUCAGCGCGGGCGGAGGCGGCGAAGAUGGAAGAGGCGGUCGACGUCGACGCGCUCCCCGAAAGCGGGGUCGUGGAGGACGCCGGGGCUGCGGAAGGGGAUGGGGCAGGGGAAGAGAGGGUGCUCCGGCCGGAGGGGACGUUUGGCUCGUUCGUGCUCUGGAACCCGGACGUUCCUGUGGACGAGGCGCGGGACGAGUACGUGCGGGCGUUGACAGAGUGGACACGGAUGGCAGCGGAGGUACGUGUUAGGCUUAGGUCUUUGUGGGCAAUGCUGAGCGAGGCGCUGUGGGUGCAGAUCCAUCGUGUGGAGGACUGA